AUGUUUGUAGUUGCAUCUCUACAGGCAUGUUUUUGGUUAUCCAAUAGGUUCAGAUUAAAAUUCAUAUUUGCCUCCCAACAGGAAUUCAAAAGUAAAAUGCAGGCUCUGGACAUCCGAAAGGAGAACCUACACAAAAAGAAACAAGAGAUGGCAGAUUACAUCAUUAAAUAUGACCAGUUUCUGAAGGAGAAUGACCAGAAGAAGCAGAGGGCUAGAAUGAAGGCAGAGAAGGAGAGGGAGCUUAAAAAGCAACGAGAGAUUGAUCUCAUCAACAUGCAUGCAGAGACUGCAUCCCUAAAAGAGGAAAAGAAGAUGCUAGAUCUGAAUGUCCGGAAAAAUGCAGUCUAUGCAAGGUACCUGGAAAAGGUACUGGAAGUCUCCAGUGAGUUUCAGGAAAUCCGUCAGCUGUUGGGUCGCUAUGACACACUCAUUUCUACCAACAAAGACUUACUGCAGACGGCACAGGAGAACCAGGAGGUGAUUGAGAAGGCCGGUGCCCAGCUGGCACACUGCAUCGAGCAGAAGACUGAUGAGAUCCUGCAGUACAACAACAAGCUGUCAGACCUACAGACACUGCUGGAUAGAGCACACAGCAAGGCUCUACUCUGGGAAUCUCGCUGGGCUCACAUCCAGAAUACGGCUGCAAAGAAGACGCUCCUGCUUGGUACAAUUAAAAUGGCAACUCUGAACCUGUUCCAGACUAUCGUUAAGGAAAUGAAGGAUGAGGCUGUGGCAGUGCCACUGGAAGACACGGCCACACAGCUGGACAUGAUUCAGCAGCACAUCCAAAGGUUAACAGAGAUCUGGCAAGAAGUGACCAAGACAGAUGACAGCACAUCUGGUACAAAUCAGACAUACCAGAACCCAAAAAAAGUGACUCACUGA